GGCAGUACGCGGUGAGGCUCACUCCCUCCAAGAGUCCAGGAGCGCCCGAGCGGAGAGGCGGCCCGGGAGCAGGGGGGCGGCCCCCACUCCGGCCGGGUGCCCGGCCCCUGGCCCCUGCCUGCCCUCUAGAUCGCCGCCGCAGCCGCCGCUACUGGGAGUCUGCCUGUUGCAGGACGCACUAGCCCUCCCUCCAUGGAGUUCGGCCUGCUCAGCGAGGCAGAGGCCCGGAGCCCUGCCCUGUCGCUGUCAGACGCUGGCACUCCGCACCCCCAGCUCCCAGAGCACGGCUGCAAGGGCCAGGAGCACAGCGACUCAGAAAAGGCCUCGGCUUCGCUGCCCGGCGGCUCCCCAGAGGACGGUUCGCUGAAAAAGAAGCAGCGGCGGCAGCGCACGCACUUCACCAGCCAGCAGCUACAGGAGCUAGAGGCGACCUUCCAGAGGAACCGCUACCCCGACAUGAGCACGCGCGAGGAGAUCGCCGUGUGGACCAACCUCACCGAGGCCCGCGUGCGGGUGUGGUUCAAGAACCGGCGCGCCAAAUGGCGGAAGCGCGAGCGCAGCCAGCAGGCCGAGCUAUGCAAAGGCAGCUUCGCGGCGCCGCUCGGGGGGCUGGUGCCGCCCUACGAGGAGGUGUACCCCGGCUACUCGUACGGCAACUGGCCGCCCAAGGCGCUUGCCCCGCCGCUCGCCGCCAAGACCUUUCCAUUCGCCUUCAACUCGGUCAACGUGGGGCCUCUGGCUUCGCAGCCCGUCUUCUCGCCACCCAGCUCCAUCGCCGCCUCCAUGGUGCCCUCCGCCGCGGCUGCCCCGGGCACCGUGCCAGGGCCUGGGGCCCUGCAGGGCCUGGGCGGGGGCCCCCCCGGGCUGGCUCCGGCCGCCGUGUCCUCCGGGGCCGUGUCCUGCCCUUAUGCCUCGGCCGCCGCCGCCGCCGCGGCUGCCGCCUCUUCCCCCUACGUCUAUCGGGACCCGUGUAACUCGAGCCUGGCCAGCCUGCGGCUCAAAGCCAAACAGCACGCCUCCUUCAGCUACCCCGCUGUGCACGGGCCGCCCCCGGCAGCCAACCUUAGUCCGUGCCAGUACGCCGUGGAAAGGCCCGUAUGAGCGGCCCCGCCCGUAGAUCAUCCCCGAGGGCGGGGGCAACGAUUCACAGCCUCCGCGGACUGGGGUCAUUUUGACUGGCUUGCUCCCGCCCCAGGGUCUGAAAGGGGUGUUUGGGCAGCUGGGGGGCACCGGCUCAGGAGAGGGCCUUCCCCUCCCAGCCCUGAGGGGUGGACUAGGCCCUACACACAGACCGCGCCCCUGGGACUAAAGCCAGGAACAGGGACCAGCUCCCCGGGGGCCAACUCACCCUUGGCCCAUCCCGCCUUCUCCAGGCUUCCCCUCCCUCGUUUUCAAAGAUAAAUGAAAUAAACGUGCGCGGACUGUCGAAGGCGUGAUGAUUCAGAGUUGCGCUUGAGUCCUCUUCCCUUCAUCCUCCCCCACUGUCUACAGGCGAGCUGGAUGUACAGGAACGAAGUGAGGGUCCAGGCUUCUAGGGAUUCAGUCCCACUCACCACCCUCCCCCUACUCCAGGUCGGGGCAGCCCGGGAUUCCUGCAGCAAAGAGGUGCGUGCGUGCGGGGGACGUGGGAAACCGGCUACCUGGCUGGCAUCGGCCACAGCCGGUGCUGCGGCGCCACCUCGUGGUCUCAGGGAGGCUAGCUGGUAGAUCUGGUCUCCAACGCUUCCUUGUAGGUGUCAGCUCUGCUAUUGAGGGAGCCUAUGACUUUAGAUAAAGUUACUCCGCCUUUCUGCACCUGUUUCUCACUGUUCCUAUGAGGGGCUUGGGUCUCUAACAGCAAUAAAAUUCUGGUCUGUA